UGCCCGGCCCUGCCCGGCCCUGCCCGGCCCUGCCCGGGCCUCCCCGCGCCUCCCCGCGCCUCCCCGCGCCGGCGGACGAGCCCUGGGCGGGGCGGGCAGGUGCGAGCGCGGACAGCGCUCCGCGCCUGCGGCCGGGGCGCUCUCGCAGGUGCGGGGCGGGGCAGCCCGGCCCCCACGGUGGGCGGGCGGUGCUGCGGGGCGGGGACUGCCGGGCCGGGGUGGGCUCGGUCCGCCCGCGGAGGCAGCGCCCCUUUGUCCCGCCCGGGUUCGUCCCCGUCGGUGCUCCCGCGUCUCGCUCCGCAGCCCCGUCGAGCCGCGUCCCGCCCGCACGUGAAACCUCCAAAAGCACUUUCCCUUCAGGCUGUGAUGGGAUUGGUCUGGUGGUUGCUGCUCUGUGUCCCCACGCUGUCACCCAUAAUUGCUGAGGGUGUGACACGAGUCUAUUACCUGGGGAUCCACGAGGUGGACUGGAACUAUGCUCCCACAGGGAGGAAUGUGCUCGCUAACCAGAGUGUUGCUCAUAACAGCCAGGCCGCAGCAUUCCUCCAGCCUGGGAAAGACAGGGUGGGAAGCACGUACAAGAAAUCUGUCUAUAAGCAAUACACGGACUCCACGUACACCACUGAGAUCCCCAAGCCUGGCUGGCUGGGGUUCCUUGGGCCUGUCAUCCGAGCAGAAGUGGGGGAUACCCUUAAAGUACACCUAAAAAAUUUUGCUACUCGACCGUAUACAAUCCAUCCUCAUGGUGUUUUCUACGAAAAGGACUCCGAAGGAUCCCUGUAUCCCGAUAUGUCCCCCCAGGAUCAGAAGAAGGAUGAUGCUGUUUUCCCAGGAGGGAAUUAUACCUACACUUGGACUGUCCCUGAAGAUCACAGCCCAACUGCUGAUGACCCAAACUGCUUGACCUGGAUCUACCACUCUCAUAUUGAUGCACCAAGGGACAUUGCGUCUGGAUUGAUUGGGCCGUUACUUACAUGUAAAAAAGCAGGAUUGAGAAGACUGAAGGUGUUGCAGCGGAGCCAUGCAGUGGCAGAGCCGCUUGGGAGAGAGAACUGUAUUGGCAGGGGUAUAUUGGAAAAGGGAAUACUGACUGGCAGCUCUCAAAGGCGCCAGGAUGUGGAUGUUGAUUUCUUUCUGAUGUUCAGUGUGGUGGAUGAGAACCUAAGCUGGUACCUGGAUGAGAACAUAGCAUCAUUCUGCAUAGAUCCUGGCUCUGUAGACAAAGAAGAUGAGGAAUUCCAGGAGAGCAACAAAAUGCAUGCUAUUAAUGGUUAUGUGUUUGGCAACCUGCCUGAGCUGACGAUGUGUGCUGGGGAUGAUGUUUCAUGGCACCUCUUCGGGAUGGGAAAUGAAAUUGAUGUUCAUACAGCCUUCUUCCAUGGAGCAACACUCAAUAUCCGAGGCCACAGGACAGACGUGGCCAGCCUCUUCCCAGCCACUUUUGUUACAGCAGACAUGAUCCCCAGUAACCCUGGGAGAUGGCUGCUGAGCUGCCAGGUCAAUGAUCACAUACAAGCUGGAAUGGGAGCACUCUAUGAAGUCCGGCCCUGUUCUCGGCAAGCUCUGCCAUCCACCCUGGAAGGGAGAGUUCGGAAGUACUACAUAGCUGCCAAGGAAGUGCAGUGGGACUACGGACCCUCAGGGCUCGAGCAGAGCAGUGGGAAGCGGCUGAGUGAGGCAGGCAGCCCUGCUGAGCAGUAUUUCAAGCGUAGCCUCUACCGCAUUGGGGGUGUCUACUGGAAGGCAAAGUAUGUAGAGUACACUGAUGAGAGCUUCCGUGAGGAAAAGCAGCAAUCAGAAGAAGAGAAACACCUUGGAAUACUCGGUCCAGUGAUCAAAGCUGAAGUUGGAGACACCAUCCUCGUGACGUUUUUUAACAAAGCUUCCUGGCCCUUCAGCAUCCAGCCACACGGAGUGUCCUAUGGAAAGGCGUGGGAAGGGAUGUGGUACCAUGACGGCCUGUCCCAGAAUGGGAUGUCUGUGGCACCACUGCACAACUUCACAUACCGCUGGACUGUGCCCAGGCAUGUGGGGCCCACGGCCAGUGACCCUCCCUGCCUCACCUGGAUGUACAGCUCAGCUGUGAACCCUGUCAAAGACUCCAGCUCGGGCUUAGUGGGGCCUCUGCUCAUCUGCCAGCCAGGCACUUUGGAUGACAACAACAAACAGAAAGGGAUCGACAGAGAAUUUUACCUUCUCUUCAGUGUGUUUGAUGAGAACCUCAGCUGGUAUUUAAAUGCCAACAUAAAGUACUACUUGAGAAUGGAAGAGACAUCUGUAAAGAAGGAUGAUGGCUUCAAGGAAUCCAACAGGAUGCAUGCCAUCAAUGGAUUUAUGUUUGGUAACUUGCCUGGGCUGGAUAUGUGUGAUGGAGACAAAGUGUCCUGGCACCUCCUGGGCUUGGGCAGUGAAGCGGAUGUGCACGGAGCUGUGUUUCAGGGAAACACCCUGCAGAUGAACGGCAUGCGGAGAGAUUCAGCCAAUCUGUUCCCACACACGUUUGCCACUGCCUUCAUGCAGCCAGAUAACAGCGGGACUUUUGAGAUCUACUGCCAGACGAGCAAUCACUACCAGUAUGGGAUGAGGGAACAAUAUGUCGUUUCCAAGUGUGGAAAGAGGGACCCUGCUCCUUCCCGUCGGUACACGGGAGUGCGGACGUACUACCUCGCGGCGGAGGAGGUGGUGUGGGACUACGCGCCCGACCGGAGCUGGGAGAGGGAGCGGCACAACCACUCUGAAGAGAGCUACGCCGACGUGUUUCUGAGCAACGAGAACGGACUGCUCGGCUCCAGGUACAAGAAAGCGGUUUACAGGGAGUACAUGGAUGGCACUUUCCAGACCCCCAAGGCCAGGAAAAGUGGUGACGAACACCUAGGGAUCCUGGGUCCUUUUCUGUGGGCGGAAGUGGGCGAGAUUCUCAACGUGGUGUUCAAGAACAACGCCUCGCGGCCCUACUCCGUGCACGCACACGGGGUGCUGGAGCCGCACGCAGGGCAGCCCCAAGUGGCAAAUCCCGGUGACAUUGUGACAUACCGGUGGGAAGUUCCUGAGAGAUCUGGUCCAGGGCCGAAUGAUUCAGCCUGUGUUCCUUGGAUCUACUACUCUGCGGUGGACACAGUAAAGGAUAUGUACAGCGGGCUGAUCGGGCCCCUGAAGGUCUGCCGGAGAGGGGCCCUGCGGUCCGAUGGCACCAGGAAGGAUGUAAAGAGGGAGUUUGCUCUGCUGUUCCUGGUUUUUGAUGAAAAUCAGUCCUGGUACUUGGAGGAGAAUGUGGAACAUUACAGUAAGGGCAAUCACAAGGAGAUCAGCCUGAUGGAUGAGAAAUUUGUGGAAAGCAACAAAAUGCACGCAAUCAAUGGCAGGCUCUAUGCCAACUUGCCUGGGCUGACCAUGUACCAGGGAGAGCGGGUGAACUGGUACUUGCUGGGAAUGGGUCAGGAGAUUGAUGUCCACACAGUCCAUUUUCAUGCUGAGACCUUCAUAUACAAGAAUGGCAAAAGCUAUAGAGCAGAUGUUGUAGAUCUGUUCCCUGGGACCUUUGAAAUGGUGGAGAUGCUGGUUGGGAACCCUGGGACCUGGCUGCUUCACUGUCAUGUGUCUGACCAUAUCCAUGCUGGGAUGGAGAUCCUCUUCACCGUCCUGCCUAGAGCAGAGUCAGAGCUGGAAGUCGAGAGCGUUACUGCAGGGUUGCCAUAUGAGGAUGAGGAUGAGUUCCAGAAGAUCAUGCUUUUUGGAUCUAAGGUGGCCCAAGGACAGAUAGAGGCCACAGUCAUCGCUCUGGCUGUUGUAGGGAUCCUGCUGCUCCUGGCCACCAGCAUCCUCCUGGGAGCUGUCAUCCAUCUCGAGAGGCAGAAGAGGUUACGACGCAAUCGGAGAUCCAUCCUGGAUGACGGAUUCAAACUCAUGUCUCAAAAGAAUCCAGGGCUCUAAAAGCCACAUACAAACAUUGGGCUGUGUGAUUGGAGCAGGGGCUGGAUCCUUGUCCACAGAAAAGAUUUUGGGGCAUCAUUUCAAUUGUGCACUGUACUUCUAGAAGCUGAGGUGGGGAAGCUGGAACCCUGACUUCUUCAUAUUCUUUCCAGAGAGGGUAAUCAGGCAUUGGAAUGGGCUGCCCAGGGAAGUGGUGGAUUCUCCAUCCCUGGAGGUU